AUAUCAGUAAGUUAUUUAGUAUUAAUUACAAAAACCACAGGGACAAGUCAACUAGUUGAGUGAUGUUGACACAGGUUUCAAUACUAUACUAACAUUAGUUUUUAUAUUCAAACUCUCAAAACUCGACAAUUUUAGCAGUAUUUUCAAUUUGUUAAUGCCACAUAAAUUAUAAUUAUUGGAAUGCACUGUUGUUAUAUUAUCUUCAAUGUUAUCAAUACUUAUGAAUUAUCAUUAUACAAUAUUGUGUGUUAAAAAUUAUUAAAUAUGUUCUACGACUUAUGAGAGCAUAUUAUACAAGUCAUCUUUAUUAACACAAGGAUAUAAAGAUACCCACCAAGUACAAUUUAAUUAGUUGCAAGGUUCUCUAAAAAUAAUUCUACAAUCAAAAUAAAAUUAUAGGUUACAUAGAAAAGAUUAUACAAAUAAUAAUAAGUUGCAAAUUAAUAAUUCAAUUCGGAUCAUUCAAGAAUAUUUAACAAUGCUCCACAAAGUUAUGAAAUUUAAUUUGAACAAAAUCUGUUUUGUACAAAAUGUUUAUCAAACAUGUUGUUAUUGUGCGAAAUUUAGUAUAAAUAAUGAUAUACUAAAAUUUUUUCAACAAAAUUUAGGUUUACCUGAAAAUGAAGUCCAGAGAAUUUUUAGAAAGUAUCCAUCGUUUUACAAUGAUUCAUAUUCUACACUGUCGGAUAACUUUUCUUUAUUGACGAGUUUUGGAUUCUCCAAAGACGAUAUUCUCAAAAAAAUUCAAAUAUUAACACUUCAUUCAAUCACCAUUAAAAAUUAUGCAAUGCUUUUAGAAGAAGGUGGUUUUGUUAAAAAUAAAAUUGAUUCAAAAGCAAUAUUAAGAUUUAAAUUUAUAUCAAAAAAGUCUAUUCAGUCAUUAAAAAAUGAAAACUUCAUCCAGAAACAUAUUGAUGUUGGACAGCAUAUAUUAUCAUUUAUUAAAUUUCCAAUUGAAUUAUAUCCAAAGAAUUGUGAUGAGUCUCUUUCAUGGAAUCAAGUUCAGAAAAAUACAUUCAAAUUAUAUGUUGGAUGGAAAAUUAAAAUGGAUGUGGAAAACAUAAAAUAUGCACAAACUAUUUACCAUAGACUAUAUAAUAAAAGUUACAGACUUAUGGAUAGAAGUAUUGAUAUUUUACUUAAAGAAUUUAAUUUUAGUGAAGAAAAGAUCAGAAGACAUUCUUAUUUAAUACACAGUGAUCCUGAUAACACACAAGCAAUUUUAGAUAAUUUUCAAAAUCUUUGUGGAAUGGAUUUAAAAUUAAUUUUAAGUAAGCAUCCAAAAAUAAUACUUACCCCGUGGAAAACAAUUGGACAGAUUAAAAAACAUUUUGAGGAUUUUGGAAUUCCAGAGUCUUCAUUGGCUAAAGCACCAGAAAUCUAUACAUUAGGAAGUAAUACUAUUUAUGAAAGAUUAUGUAAAUUAAAAGAAACACCAGAGUUGGCAUCAUUUAUAAACAAUCCACAAGUUGCUAGACUCAUUUACUACUAUACUAAAGUAAAUUCACGUUUGACGUACUUACAAAGCAAAAAUUGUGUCUCAUUAAAUUUAUUGGUUACAAACAAUUUUUCAUUCAACAGAUUUAACUGCAACGGUAACGACAAGGGCAAAACUAAUGAUAUAAUGAUAUAUUUAACAAAAGAAUUGGGAGAAGACAAAACAAUGUUACGUACAUUAUUAGAACGUCAUCCUUAUUGGCAGUAUAUUUCUUUGUUAACGAUACGAAAAACUUAUGAGUUCCUAAAAAAGAAAAAUUUCACCAAAGACCAGUUAUGCCAUUGCUUGCAGAUUUUAUUGUAUCCAGUAGAUAAAAUUGAAGAUGCAUUGGUGUCCACUCAAAACAUGAAGAAUGUCUCCUAUCUACGGAAUUUGUCUGGAUCUAUUAAUUCAAAAUAUUUAUUACCACUAGUACUGUACAAUUUAGAAAAGGAUUAUCAUUUCUCAGGUGAUGGUGUUUGGAAUACAAACGAACAAACUAAAAAAAUUCCAUUGUCAAAUUCUCCUAAAGUCACAUUUGAAGAUACAGAAGAAUUAGAUCAUGAACCAUCAACAAAAUUACUUGGAUAGAUUUUAUGGUUAAUUUAAAAUAUGUUGAAAGUAAUCAAGUUAGAUAAUAAAUAAUAAAUCUAAAUAAGAUUACGUGACAAAUUGCCCACAUAAAA